AUGUAUCCUGAAAUCAGUACUUUGAAUGAAGCUUGCAGAGCUUGCCUCAGAAAACAAAAGAAUAUGAAACAGCUUCCAAAUUAUAAUGAUGAUACACAUGAAUUAACUAAGAAAAUCGCAUCUCUUCUCCAUCUCCAAGUGACCAAAAUUCAGACUAGCAGUUAUUAUCCAUGUUACUUAUGUGGUGAGUGUGAAGAAAAACUGGAUAUAUCUUUUAAAUUCCAACAGCUAUGUCAACAAUCACAUGAAUUUAUAAUAGCUUAUGUUGGUAAACUAAAUACAGUAAUUUUCAAAAGCAAUGAAGAUAAGGGAAGUGAAAUCCCUAAAGAACCCUACACCCAUGUAAUUGUUGAAGAGCAAUUAUGUGAUACUAAUGAUUUGGAAAUCCUGGGAGAUUCUGUUGCAAACAAUAAGGCAAACAAUUUCAAUUCUAUACAAACUGCUGAGGAAGUUAUGAAAUUUUCAAAUAAACAGGUAAUGAGGCUGUCCCAGUAUCCCCAAGAAGAAGUAAAUUCAGUUAUAAAAAUGAUAAGGGAAAAACUGUCUAAACAACAGAACUGCCUUUAUUGCAACUUUACUGCUAAAGGUUCUAGAUCCUUAUCUUUUCACAUGAGCAGAUUACAUCAAGGAUAUAAAGAAAAAUGGUGUUCCAAAUGUAACAAAAGUGUUGAAAUUUUAUCUGAACACUGGAAGGAUGAACAUGAAGAUGAAUUCAAGUGUUGUUUCUGUGAAAGAAACUUUGAUAAUACUAGUCAUUUAUUAGAACACUUAGCCUGUCAUACAGUUGAUCGUAAAUUUCGAUGUGAAAUUUGCCAAAAAUGUUUCAUCUCGGCAAGGCAUUUGAGAGCACACACCAAAGUCCAUUCCCCGGAAAAAAAGUACGCCUGUCUUGUCUGUUCAAAAAGUGUGCGGACUAAGCAAUCCCUAAUCACACAUUUGAAAUCGCACAAGAAGCACAAAUGUAAGGUUUGUGAGGAUAUCUUCGAUCCGCUCAACUAUGAAAGUCAUAAGUGCUUUCCCAAAACUGAAAGUGCUGCCAGAGAAAUUGAUAGCAGAACCAGUGCUGAAACAAUAAGAAAGGCAGAUACUGAAAAUAGUUUUUUGAAAAAUGAAAAAGAUGGAGAUUCGUUAGAUAAACUUAAUCUCAAAAACAGGAAUGUUGAAAAUACUGAAAUGAAGGCACUUUGUGUUUAUUGUGGAAAGAAAUUCAGAACACCUUCAAAACUAUCCGUACAUAUGAGAUUGCACACAGGGGAAACUCCUUAUCAAUGCUCAUACUGUGAUGCUAGAAUGACAACAAGAAGUCAUCUGGUAGUGCAUGAAAGAACUCAUACUGGUGAAAAGCCAUAUGUUUGUAAUAUUUGUAGUAAGGGUUUCGCACAAUCAAGUGUUCUUGGUACUCAUAAAAAGAUACACACAGGACGGACAGAACAGUGUUCGUUGUGCUCAAAAAAGUUUUGCAGGCCUUCAGAACUCAAGCAGCAUAUGAGAAAACAUACAGGUGAAAAACCAUUCUUAUGUGAAUACUGUGAUAAAGCUUUUGUACAGAGAAGUCACCUAGUGGAACACCAUUGGACUCAUACUGAUGAGAGGCGUUUCAAAUGUGAAUUCUGUGAAAAGGGGUUCAAACAAGCAGGGACACUUAAAUCCCAUCUCAAUAUACAUUUAGGAAAGAAACCAUACCAGUGUUCCAAAUGCACUUAUACCAGUAGGCAAAGUUACUCCCUUCAGCAACACAUGUUGCAACAUGAAGAGCCAAAAGAGGAGAUAUCUUACAGAUGUGAAAUAUGUGAUUUAACUUUUCUGAAUAUGGCACUAUUCACUUCUCACUGUUCUAACACACAUGAAGUGAUAACAACUUUUUCUAGUGAUGAAACAUUGGAAAUUGUCCAAGAUGACACUACCAAUAACCAACAAAGUGAAAUACUACAACUUUUAUAUUAA